CUCUCCGUGUUUAAUCAACCACUCCCACACCUAUAUAUACUACCUAUACUCUGUGUGAUUUGCAACUUGUCCACCAAGUGUUCGAUCAAUUGCCUCACCGAGCUUCAACAACGUUCUCUCUUUUCCUUGAGUCUUUCUUGCUAUGGCAGAUAAACAGGAAUCUCACUUAAACGGUGCCUUCUACGGCCCAGCAAUCCCACCCCCAAAAUCCCACCACCGCCCCCGCAGACGCAGCUCCAACUGCGGCUGCUGCUGUCUCCUAAGCCUCCUCCUCAAGAUCAUAAUCACACUCAUCGUCCUCAUCGGCAUCGCAAUCUUAAUAUUCUGGCUCGUAGUCCGCCCAAACAAGGUCAAGUUCCACGUGACCGAUGUGAGACUCAACGAAUUGGAAUACUUCGCCAACAACAGCACGCAGUCCUACGACCUUGCCGUCAACAUCACCAUUCGCAACCCCAACAAGAAAAUCAAAAUCUACUACGACGUGAUCGAGGCCAGAGCGACGUACCAUAACAGAAUGUUGCCUAGCAUUUACUUGCCUAAAUUCUUGCAAGGCCACAAGAGUACAAAUGUUUUGAGUCCCCAUUAUAAAGGCAACCAGUCGAUGUUCUUGACUCCUUCUGAGGUGGAAUUUUAUGAUAAGGAGAAGGCGAGUGGGAUUUACACUUUGGAUUUGGAUUUGUAUAUGAAGGUUCGGCUCAGAUUGGGAGACAUUGUUACUGGUUCUUUUAAGCCCCUUGUUAAAUGUGAUCUUAAGGUUCCUUUGAAAUCUCCUGAUGGAAGAUUGGCUGACGGAUCCGAGACUUCCAAGUGCGAUCUUAAAAUUUUCCGAUGAUCAUUAUCACUUCUUUGAUUCAAUUUUUAGGCCAAGUUUGGCAUGUUAUCCCUUCCUUCCAUUGUGAUUCUUUUGUUUUUUGGGCAUGUUAUUGUAUAAUCGUUUAUGGUAUACUUGUACUUGUGAUUUUUUAAAUAAUGAAUAGAGUCAUUACUUUUUUUU